UUGGGGGCCAGAGGCAGCGCUCGUGGUGUCCAUAUUUUGCUCGGUUUGUGAAUCCGUCUGCGCGGCUGUAAUGGGGUUUGUUUGAUCCAUUGUGGUGUAAAAAACAUCAAUUCCUAACCGCGAGCGUGUUGUGGUGACAGCCUCCGCAUCCUGAAGAUACCUCGAGUGACUGUACCACGUGACGAUGUGCUGAUGUGCCAAUUGGACCGCGAGAGAACCACUGCCAGGUGGCACGUAGGUGUCAUCUUCUACCUCCUCUUCGUCACACUCAGGGUCCGCCCAUUUCAGAUCACUGGCUCGAGACAGAGGAGCUUCGCAUUUUCAUAUGUUCGUUUAUUGAGCAAUCAUACAUGCAUUUUUAGUGUUGAUGUUGGGGGGUUGAACAGGGCAGUUUGAUCGUGUGGGUUCGAGGAUUAGUCGAUGUUUGUCACGUGGACUUGGACGAUGCUGCAUUGUGGCUCGUGAGCGGGAUAAGAGGCAUUUUAACUAAACUUGUCCGAUCCGCUUGUGUAGUAUUUCCUUUUUGGGCACUUGUAGUUAGCAUUGGUAUCCAUACUGCUGUGCAAUCAUGAAAAGUCCAUGGUCCAUGGUGUUCAAGUGUCCCAGCACUUAACAACUUUAACGAUGGUGUAUUUUGAGUGUGGGCAGUGCAAUGAAACGGUGCUCCUGGCACCAUGACGCAGCUUUCCACCCAACAGCUCAACAUGUUGAAAGUUGAGCCUCUCUAUAUCUAUAUCUUUGUACGGUGCAACUAUUUGAACGAACAAAUUAUGACACUUUGUCAAAUCCAAAAUGACAGGCCAAAUAGUUUUACUACCUGUGCAAUAAAUAUGUUUUAACUGUAUGCAGUUUCGUUGCCAGUUCAUCGGAUGCCCAACUUCAAUAAACAUGCGCGUAUGUUUUUAAGUUUUGAAUUGCUGCAACUCUUGCUUUGGACCCUUUGUUUGUUUCUGGUGUGGUCUGGAUCUGUGUUUGACUUGUCAUUUUCAAUGAGAAGUCCCGCUCCUAUGAGGAACGUUUUGAUUUGUUUUGGUUGAUGCAGCAUGAAUCUGGACAGUUGAAUUGCAUUAUAAUGCAGGCCGCCUUCAAAGAUCUUGUGUUGUUUAAACAUUUUCUUGAUGGGAUUGUGCAUGUUUCUCUCAGUCGAUUGCCAGGUGAAAAAACCAAAGCUGGCAAAACAUUUGUUGAGUUGCCGUGCCUCAUAUGUGAGUUGCAUUGAUUGCUCCAAGGUCUUCGCCUGGAAUGAGUGGGAAACACAUACGAGUUGCGUUUCAGAGGCUCAGAAGUACCAGGGAAAUUUGUACCAGCCGAAAGAGAGUACAAACAAAGGGCAACUAAAGCAAGAUGCUUGGGUGGACAAUGUUAGACAAGCUAUUGAAGACCCAAAGAUGGACAUUGCGCCGCAGAUGAGGUCCCAGAUGGAAAAACUCCUAGGAUUUGACAACAUCCCGCGAAAGCAGAAAGCUUUUACAAACUUUGUCAAGAACUCGUUGAAGAUAUGGGAUGAAGCAAGGAUAGAAGCAAUGUGGAAGAUCAUAGCAGCCGCAAAUGCAAAGCCAGCAGGAAAUACCAACCUCGGCAAGUCCGACCAGGCCAAAGCAUGGCCUGGCUGGAAGCGAGCUGUCGAUGAAGAGUUGGAAGCUUCCGGCGGCGCCAUGCCGUGGAAGCGAUUGUGUUUGCGUUUGGUUGAGCGAUUCAGUGAGACUGGAUCUGGAUGCAACGGACAUGGUGAUGAUCUAGAGCUGCAGGCUUUGAGUAGCAUUCCAGAGGAAUACUGCUCUGACAAAGACCCUACAGUCACGCUCGUGAGAUAAAGGGUUUGUGAGCAGUGGUGGAAAGUGCGGUCAGCUGUCAGAUAAUUAUGAACGUCCUCGCAUGAAGCUUUGCCAAAUAUUCCAAGCAUGCUGUUUGUACUUUGCUUAACAGAAGAGUAUCUUGAAAUACUUUGGCACGUCAACUGCCGCAAAUUGAUGCCAAUCUAUCACGACACAUGUGCUCAAGCAAGCUUGUUCGAACCAACAUGCGCUCUCUAGUUGCAAUUCGUGCGUCCCUCAUUUGAUCUCUGCUCA